AUGGCACGGAGCAACGGGGUGGUGAAAGAGAAUGGCCGCGCUGUGGCCCAGGCCAACGGGCAUGCACGGCCGAAUGGCACGAUCGAGACGAGCAAGAGAAUGACCGAAGAGGAAGAAGACAUUUACGACGAGGAGAACAUCUUCCUCUUCAUCCCGAACAUCAUCGGAUACGUGCGCAUCGUCACGGCGCUGGCAUCCCUCUAUUACAUGCCCCUUCACCCGCGCACCUGCUCGGCGCUGUACAGUUUCUCCUGCAUCCUCGAUGCCGCCGACGGGCUGGCCGCGCGGCGGUACAAUCAAUCCACGACCUUUGGCGCCGUGCUGGACAUGGUGACCGACCGCUGCACGACGUCGUGUUUGCUCGUGUUUCUGGCCUCGGCGUUCCCCAGGUGGUCGAUCGUGUUCCAGGGCUUGAUCAGUCUCGACCUGGCGAGCCACUAUAUCCACAUGUAUGCGUCCCUGACGACGGGCGGGCAGAGUCACAAGAAGGUCGAGGCCAGUCGAAGUUGGGUCCUACACCUAUACUACACGAACAAGACCGUGCUCUUCCUGUUCUGCGCCCUGAACGAACUCUUCUUCAUCGCGCUGUACCUCCUCUCCUUCUCGUCGCCGCUCCUCUCGCCUUCCCUCCUCGUCACGAGCGACAAAGGCGGCGCCGCGACCUCGGCGCAACCGGGCUCUCCGGCUCACCCGAAACCCAGCGCCAUCUUCGUGAACCCCUGGAGCGCAGGCGCCAUGGAGAUGGCCCGCGCCAAUAAAAUGGACAGCACCGUGCCAUGGAUCCUGGCCGGGUUGAGCUUCCCCGUCAUGUUCGGCAAGCAGGUCAUCAACGUGAUUCAGCUGGUCAAGGCGAGCAAGCUGUUGGGGGAAGUGGACGUCGCCGCGCGGAGGAAGGCCGGGAUCGCUCCCAAGAAGAAGAGAGCGUGA